AUGACCUGGCCGGAUAUCGACUAUCUUGAGCUGCCCAACGGGCGAACCAUUACCGUUUGCGCAUCUCAUCACAUGGCCACCUGCGGAAAAUGUUGUCUUGACUUCAGCCAUGACUUCGAGUACGACGAAGACGGAAACUACUUGGACGAGGAUGAAGAGGACGACGAAGAAAUCUUUGGCUUUGACUACGACUCUCGCCUUCCCAGGGAUGUCAGCUUCGCUCAUGUUGCGAAUAGCCGAUAUGGCCGUCUCGAGAGAAUCACUGCGAGCGGAUCUCGGAGAUCCUCAGCGCGUGUCCAGUCUACUUGGGAUGAUGAAGAUGACGACGACAGCGAUGGUCCGCCCCCCCUCAUCGACGACGAUGAACCAUUCAACCCGCACCACGACCCGCAGACCAGUACGCCUUUGGAGCCCACAGAACUUUUCCUUCCGAAAAAGUCCUUGAUAGCUAUUACAUCUGUUAUCCGCUUCAUCAAUCGCUACGACGACUCGGAAGUUCUCAUUUACACCGACGGGGCCUGUCUUGACAACGGCAACGCUGCAGCCCGCGGUGGCUCCGCCUUCAUCUUCAAGCCGGUACUCCCCAAUGACGAGAGCGGGUGUGUGGCCUUCAAGCUCGAGGACAAGGGGCCAGACGGCCAGACAUACCGCCACACCAGCAACCGCGCCAAGCUGCGCGCCGCCCUCGCCGCGCUCCAAUUCAGGGCCUGA